GGAUAUUGAAUUGCAUUGCAUUGCAAAUUUUUGUUUCAGACAACAAAUUCGGCAUUAUCUGAUCUUUUUCUCUUUUUCUUUUCUCCUUUUUUUUCAUUUGUGGCGUUAGAAGGGUGUGGAAGAAAAUCCAAUACUUUUCCAGGGAGACGAAGGAACAACGUAACGUUAAGAUGGUUUGGCUUUCUUCCAUUGCUCGCAUUUCAGACUUUCUCGCUCUCUCUUGGUGUUUGAAUUUCCUUCACAAAGCUUGAACCUUUCCCCUGAAUUUGUCACCCUGAUAGGAUUUUCGUUGUUACCGAAUUCUGGGUCUUUUUCUCUCUCUCUCUCUCUCUCUCUCUCUCUCUUCAAUCCCUUUCUGUGAUAAAACCAAAGGGUAAUUUCCUUCACCUUCAAAUCUGAGUUGGGUUGUCCUUGUCCCCUCUCUGAGUUGGGAUUUGUAUCAGCAGAAACAAAUCCUGAUUUGGAGAGAAGGGUGGUGCAUUUGUAUUCCCUGAACCCGGCCCAGUUGAUUCUUCAGUAAUUUCAACUUUGAGGUUUUGAGCUUGUUUCCUCAUAGUUGCUGCCACUGUUGUAUAUAUAAAGCUGGUUAUCUUGGUUAUGUGAUUCUUGUAUCAACCUGACAGUUGUAUCUUUUCCAUUGUUUCCUUCUGCUAUGUUCACAGGUUUUUGUGAAGCUCUUUCCUAUUAAAUUGUCUUUUCUUUGAGAAGGGCUUUGCGUUUGGUUUUAGAUCUGUUAUCUUGUGUGUGCAUUGAUUCAUUGGAAAAGUAAAAAAUAAAAAAAAAAAGCCUCUUUUUCUUAUGUUGUUGAGUGGAUUGAACUGUUGUGGACUAGGAGGAGUGGUAUCUUUGAUUAGUUUAUUUACUGUUGGAUUGUUGGGCUCAAAAUGGGGAAGAAAAAGAAGCAGGUAGGAGAAACAAGUGAAGAUAGAGGAGAUCAUAAGAAGACAGAAGAUGAAAGCUCCAGAUCAUAUGACAACGAUACUUUGGGGUUUAUAUUAAUGGCUCAAGAUUUGAAGGAUGAAGGGAACAAGCUGUUUCAGAAGCGGGAUGUUGAGGGGGCUUUGGCAAAGUAUGAGAAGGCCCUGAAAUUGCUUCCAAGAAAUCAUCUUGAUAUUUCUUAUUUGAGGAGUAACAUGGCUGCCUGCUACAUGCAGAUGGGUCUUCGUGAGUAUCCUAAAGCAAUCAAUGAAUGCAAUUUGGCUCUUGAAGCAUCACCAAAAUAUAGUAAAGCUCUGAUGAAGAGGGCAAGGUGCUAUGAAGCUUUAAAUAGGUUGGAUUUUGCGCUGAGAGAUGUUAGCACUGUUUUGAAGAUAGAGCCAAAUAAUGUAAUGGCAUUGGAGGUCUCGGAUAAGGUGAAGCAUGCUCUUGAAGUUAAGGGAUUAGUAGUAAACGAUACGGAAAUUGAGUUGCCUCCAGACUAUGCUGGACCUCCUGAUUUACGUCUGGAAAAUGUCGACAAAGAAAAGAUUCACAAGAAGAAGAAAAACAAAGAGAAGGUGAAGUCUACUGAUAAAAUUGAAGAAAAGAAAAGUGAGGAGAAAUUAGAUGAGAAUAAAGCUGAGGACAGUCGGAAAGAUAAAAAGGCUAAGAAAUAUAAAAAGAAGAAGGCCAAGGGAAAAGAUGUUGAGAAAAAGGAUGAUGUUAAGGAAGUUAUUGAAGAAAAAAGUAACGGUAGAAGUGACAAUAUACCUAAGAAAGCAGCAAAACUUGUUUUUGGCGAGGAUAUAAGAUGGGCUGAAUUACCAGUUAAUUGCAGCCUCUUUCAGCUAAGGGAAAUUAUUUGUGAUCGUUUCCCUAGACUAGGAGCAGUUCUUGUCAAAUAUAAGGACCAAGAGGGUGAUCUGGUCACUAUCACUUCUGAUGAAGAAUUAAGGUGGGCUGAAACAGGAUCACAGGGUUCUGUUCGGCUGUACAUAGUGGAAGUUAAUCCAGAACAUGAUCCAUUCUUUCUGAAGCUUAAUGCAAAGAGUGGAGAAAAGGCCAGUAUUGCUAAUUCUCCUGUGAAUGGAUCUGUGGUGAAGGAAAAGGACAUUAUUUGCUCAUCUUGCAUCGAGGAUUGGAUAAUUCAGUUUGCACAACUGUUCAAGAACCAUGUUGGGUUGGAAGCUGACAGAUAUUUAUAUUUUCAUGAAUUUGGUAUGAAGCUCUAUUCAGAGGUUGUGGAGGAGACAAUUAUAAGUGAGGAAGCUCAAGGCCUGCUUGAUGUUGCUGAAGGUAAGUUCCAAGAGAUGGCAGCUCUAGCAUUGUUCAAUUGGGGAAAUGUGCAUAUGUCCAGCGCAAGGAACAAAAUUUAUUUUACAGGAGAUUCUUCUAAGGAGCAUUUGCAUGAACAAAUCAGAAGUUUGUAUGGAUGGGCACACGAAGAAUAUGAAAAAGCUGGGGAGAAGUAUGAAACAGCCAUUGAAAUUAAACCAGAUUUGUAUGAAGGCUUCUUGGCCCUAGGCCAACAGCUGUUUGAGCAAGCCAAGCUUUCUUGGAAUUAUGCACUCUGUUCUAAGGUAGAUAUAUCAACAUGGUCCUCCUCCACUGAGGUUCUUCAGCUUUACAACAGUGCUGAGGAUAGUGUGGAGAAAGGAAUGCUUAUAUGGGAAGAAUUAGGAGAGCAGCAGUUGCUGGAAACUUCCAAUCCGAAGGAUAUUUUAUUACAUUUGAAGGACAUGGGAUUGGACCGACUAUUCAAAAAUAUGUCAGCACAUGAAAUCGCUACACAGGUGGCAGAUACGAGGUCUCAAAUGAAUCUUCUGUGGGGUACCAUACUGUAUGAGCGCUCAAUAGUGGAAUUCAUGUUAGGGCUACCGGGAUGGAAUGAAACUCUUGAAGUUGCAGCUGAGAAGUUUCAACUUGCUGGAACUUCUACAACAGAUAUAUCUGUAAUGUUGAAGAAUCACUGUUCAAAUAACUCGGUUGUAGACGGUAUUGGAUUCAACAUUGAGGAAAUAGUCCGACCAUGGAAUGAGAUGUACAACGCUAAAAAGUUGCAGAAAGGUGUUCCAUCAUUCCGUUUGGAGCCCUUGUUUAGAAGAAGAAUAUCUAAAAUAUUCCAUGCCUUUGAGCUUGUAUGAGUUGCAUCUUUUUCUGCAAGUUGUUGAGGAAUAACAGAGCCAACAUCCACAUGGCUUGCUUCUGUGACCGAGAUGCUAGUCAUCAUGAAGGUUUCUUUGCCUACUAUCUGUAGUCAACACUGUAGUUAUAGAAAGAAACUAUCUUUCACAAGAAUUUAAAAGUUUGGGAGAUUCUUGACAGGUGGGGAAGAUGGAGUAGCAGAAAUUACCUUUUAGUUACUUUCUGCCUUUGCUCAGAUUGCCUUCCCUUUAUGCUUUAGAUUUAUAGUGGCCGGUAGGAAAUUAAAGUUAUACUGAAAGAAAGUUGGAGAGAUUUGUUGUUUGUUUUCUUGUUUCUCUUGUUCAAUAGUUUAUCAUAUGUAAUGUAACUACUUGUUGAAUUAGUAUUUCUGACUACAUGAGGUUUCCUUGUACUAAAUUAUUCAACUUGCUGCACAUUCUGCUUAUAAAGUUAAAGGGAAAAGGCAUUUUAAAUUUGUUUGAAA